UACACGGGAGAGAGAUAGAGAUGAGAGAGAGUAGGAGACGUCCAUGCGACGCGAGACAGAGAGAGCGCUUCUGCGAUUCUUCUUCGAUUCUUCUUUCUCAUUUUCGAUUCCUCUUCCUUGUGUUCGAUUCGUCUUCCUCUUCUUCGUUCUUCUUUGGUUUUCCUUCGAUUCCUUUGAUUUUCCUUCGAUUUCUGAGGCCAAAAACAAUCAUAAUCCCUUCGAUGGCCAGAAACAAGCUUGAUGAACUUCACAAUUAUAGGAGAUAAGUUGUCUGAUGGUAAUCAUAACAUUAAGUGCAAUCAUUGCCAUGAGCUCUACAACAUAGAUCUAGGUAGGAAUGGAACUAGUACUUUGCUUAGGCAUUCGAGACGGUGUUCAAAGACUCCUGGAUCUACACCUGGUAGUAAUAGGAAGCUAGAUAUGAUGUCUUCCGUGAGAUGAUGGCUAUUGCUAUAGUAGAGCAUAAUCUGCCUUAUGCAUUUGUCGAGUAUAGAAGGGUGAGAGAUGCUCUUGCUUAUGCGAAUUCAAGUAUUGAAUUUUGGAGUAGGAACACGGCUGUGUCUGAUGUGCUUAGGAUUUUUGAGAAGGAGAAAGCCAAUCUUAGGAAGGUGUUGACUGAAGUUCCUGGUAGGAAUAUUGGAAAAAUAAUAAAGCUCGGUUUAAGGAGUUGCUCGUAUGGCGUGUGAUGUUCUUUGCAUCCCCAUAACAACUGUAUCUUCAGAGUUUUCUUUUAGUGUUGGAAGCCGGGUCCUUACUAAGUACAGAAGCCGACUGCUCAACUAUAAUGAUGCUCUUAGCCAAAGGAAGAGCACACAUGUCCGCAUGUGGGCAAACCUCAACUAUAAUUUUUUCUUUUCUUUUCUCUCCCUUUUCUCUUUGUCGUGUCAUCUUCUCUUUGUUUUCUCCGACGAUGGCGAUCAAUUGUUUGAAGGUCUUGAUUGUGAGGCUAAAGAGAAGAUCGCUAGAGAGUUAGCUAAACUCGUGUUUGGAUCACAAGAGAGCUUUGUCUCCAUCUGUUUGAGCAGUUUCUCAUUGAAAGAUUUGUGGAAUAAAACGUCGAGAGAUGAGGAGAUCAAUUGGUUUCCGUUUGUGGAAGAUCUGAGCCAGAGUUGGUCGAUACUUGGAAGAGUAGAGCCAUCCACUCUUUCUCUCUCUCCGUAGCGUUCAUCUUCUUCCUCCUCAGUCACAACAGAAGAAAUCGUUUCGUUUCUUAUCUCGCCUCCAAGGCUAGGUUUAAUGUUGAAGCGAGAUGUUGGUAAGUAUUCGAUAGGCAAAACAAUUUAUGGAAGUGACAGAGCAAAGCUCAGACCCUCCUUCUACCAGACCAACUGUGGAUUUCACAAUGGGCGGGGAUAAAGUGACUGAAGAUGGUGUCACCGUUGCUAGAGGCAUUGAGUUGAAGGAUAAAGUGAAGAACGUUGGUGACGGAAACAUGACACAAGACGAGGCACGGACUUGGGUGAGAAGUGUGUUGUGCUGAUGACAGAGGUGAGAAGACGAGGCACAAACUUGGGUGAGAACGACAGAGGUGAGAAGUGUGUUGUGCUGAUGACAGAGGUGAGAAGACGAGUCACGGGUUGUGUAUCUUGUGGUGAAAAGUGGUGAGAAGACGAGUGCUGAUGACAUAGGUGAGAAGUGUGGCUUGGUCUUCUUUUCUAAUCUUUGUUUAUUUUUGUUUUACUAAUCUUUGUUUUAAAAAAAAAAAAAAUUUAUGUUUAAAAUGUUAUCUUCUACUGUACUAUGUUUUAUUUAAAAUAAAAAUUUAAAAUUUAAUAAAACAAUGUUUAAUCUUUUAUUUUUUAAGAAACCUUAAUUAAGAAAUUCCCAAUGAAGCAUAAAAUCUAUGAAUUUUUUAACUAAAUUUUUUAACUAAUUUUUAUUAUUAAACAAGUCACUAAAAAACCUAUACGGAGUUAUAGGGAUAAUGAUGCUUUUACAUGUUUACAUCAUAGUUUGUGUAUCUAUUCUCCACACACACAAAAACAAAAAACAAAUCAAUCAUCCAAUUUUCAAAGAUUUGUGGGGUUCAUCAGCCAUAUACAAAUGUUUUGUUCUGUUUUGUUGUUUUUUUUUUAAGAAAGGACAUUGUGUUUUGUUUAGAAAUGUUUUCCCUUAUUAUAUAGAGAUUAAACAUAUGAAUUAGGGUUAUAUAUAUCCGUAGAAUUAAUUCUUUACAUGCAAUAAGAAAAUUAACACUUUUUCUUUAUUUUCGAAAUUCUUUUAUUACAAAACCUGGAUCCGAUCUGCCAUAGUUCGUUAAAAUUAAAUAAAUAAAUUUUUUUAUUUUUUUUGAAUAAAUGUUAAAUUUAUUCAUCAAAAAAACCCUUCUUACAUCAAGUGUAACCUCUAUUCUCAGAAUUCAUAAAUCUAAUUUUUAGACUUCAAAAAAUUACAUUCUAGUACUAAACCAAAAUUGUAAACCUUCUUCCCAACCCUUCAUUCCUUUAGUUCUUAACAGACUCAGUUUGUUCCUCGUACAUUUUUCCAGCAACUUGAUCGGUAUCUCAAUAGGCAUUGGAUUUUCCUCAUGCUUGAUCCUAUUUCUCUCUCGCCACAGAGCAUGCACUGUUGCUUGAAGAGCAUAUCUGAGACAAAACUUCUUCUUGUUCCCCACCAUUAUAUAUAUGUAACACUCGACCAUUCGGUGCAUUCCCAUUGAAAGAGCUUCACUUACAAGUUACAAAUCUCAACCUCCUUCCACGAUGUCUCCCUCCAUCUCCCUUAUCCUCGCAACCGCCGUCUCCAUCGCGAUCCUCUUCUUAUCCACAAUCUCCUCCGCCGCACCAACUUCCGGUGUCCGCCGUCCAUUCAACAGAAUCUACGCGUUCGGCGACUCAUUCACCGACACAGGAAACUCACGCUCCGGCGAAGGCCCAGCCGGAUUCGGACACUUGUCAAGCUUUCCCUACGGCAUGACUUACUUCCUACGUCCAACAAACCGUUACUGCGACGGUCGACUCUCCAUCGACUUCGUGGCACAGUCGAUGAACUUACCGUUCCUGCCACCGUAUCUCAGCCUCAGAUCCACUAGCGGUAGUAAAGGCACCGCUGCUGAUAGUUACGGCGUUAACUUCGCCGUCUCUGGAGCAACGGUGAUUAAACACUCUUUCUUCUCGGAGAAUAAUCUGACGCUUGAUAUGACUCCUCAAUCUAUCGAGACGGAGCUUGGCUGGUUCGAGAAGUAUUUAGAGACACUUGAAACAAGAGAUAAGGUUUCGUUGUUUAAAGAUUCUCUCUUUUGGAUCGGAGAAAUUGGAGUAAAUGACUAUGCGUACACCGUUGGUUCUGCUGUCUCGAGCGACACAAUAAGAGAACUCAGUAUUUCAACACACACAAGGUUUUUGGAGACAUUGUUGAACAAAGGUGUAAGAUAUAUGUUGGUACAAGGACAUCCGGCGACUGGAUGCUUGACGUUAACGAUGACUCUGGCUGAUGAAGACGAUCGAGACAAUCUAGGAUGUGUUAAGAGUGUCAAUAAUCAGAGCUACACUCACAAUCUUGCACUGCAAUCCAAACUUGAAGAACUUAGGAUCAAGUAUCCGAACGCCACAAUAGUCUAUGCAGACUACUGGAACGCGUACCGUAAGGUAAUAAAGAACCCUAGUAAGUACGGUAUCUCCGAAAAGUUUAAGGCGUGCUGCGGAAUAGGAGAGCCGUAUAACUUUCAAGUGUUUGAGACGUGUGGGUCAGCUUCAGCCACGGCGUGUAAGGACCCCAGUCGUUACAUUAACUGGGACGGAGUCCACUUGACCGAAGGCAUGUAUAAGGUUAUGGCCGAUAUGUUUCUUGAUGGCUGCUUCACUCGACCUAAGUUUAGUUACUUGUUGAACAAGAAACUAAACGGUUUAUGAUAGAAAGAUUUUACCGUUUUAUAUGUUUGGUUUUGGAGUUUUUGACAUUGUUUAGCGAAAUAUGAUCACACGAUUUUUUCUUAUUUUACUUAGAAAAUGUGACCCGUUCUGAGCUC